GCAGUGACACUAUGUACUCUGUAACCUGGUGUCCUUCUUUUCCCUAGAUGGGAUCUUGGAAACUCUCGCAGGAACAUUUUGGGCACCCAGGGGUGAUGGAAAACGCGAGUUUCUCCCUGGGCAGAGCUCUUUGGGCCUUCCUCCUGGCCAUACUAGGCUCCACCACAGGCCAGCCGCUGGCAGGAGAAUCUGUCUGUACAGCCCGGCCUCUAGCCAGAUACAGCGUCGCUUUCAUUGGCAAGUGGAGUCAGACGGCAUUCCCCAAGCAGUACCCUCUGUUCCGGCCCCCUGCACAGUGGUCCUCGCUGCUGGGGGCAGCUCACAGCUCUGAUUACAGCAUGUGGAGGAAGAGCGAGUACGUCAGCAAUGGGAUGAGGGACUUCGCUGAGCGGGGUGAGGCCUGGGCCCUGAUGAAAGAGAUCGAAGCCGCAGGAGAGAAACUCCAGAGCGUGCACGCGGUGUUCUCAGCUCCUGCUGUCCUUAGUGGUACCGGGCAGACUUCUACAGAGCUAGAAGUGCACCCUAGGCACUCGCUGGUGUCCUUCGUGGUCCGCAUCGUCCCCAGCCCUGACUGGUUUGUGGGCAUUGACAGUCUGGACCUGUGUGAGGGAGGCCGCUGGAAGGAGCGGGUGGUCCUUGAUCUUUACCCCCAUGAUGCGGGGACAGACAGCGGCUUCACCUUCUCCUCCCCCAACUUUGCAACCAUCCCUCAGGACACAGUGACUGAAAUAACAGCCUCUUCACCCAGUCACCCAGCAAAUUCCUUCUACUACCCACGCCUCAAGUCCUUGCCUCCCAUCGCCAAGGUGACCUUCGUGCGGCUACGGCAGAGUCCCAGAGCCUUUGCCCCACCUGCCCUGGACCUGGCCAGCAGGGGCAAUGAAAUUGUGGACAGCCUCUCAGUUCCAGAGACGCCGCUGGACUGCGAGGUGUCCCUGUGGUCAUCCUGGGGACUGUGUGGAGGACCAUGUGGGAAGCUGGGAGCCAAGAGCAGAACUCGUUACGUCCGUGUUCAGCCUGCUAACAAUGGGACCCCCUGCCCUGAGCUUGAAGAAGAGACUGAGUGUGCCCCUGAUAACUGCGUCUAAAGCCAGAGUCCGGUAGCUAGCCCUUAGGACCCCUGCAAACCUCAGACUCAGAUCUGGGCCACAAAAGGUUGAGAGGCAGGAUAAGAGCUUGGGCAGUUUUGUACCAUUUCCCACCAAUCCUGGGCUGACAGAUGCUCUUGACACAGAGGCCCUCAGUGGCAGGUAAGAGACAGGCUGCCUCUCCCACUGCGUGAUCCCUGGGGCCCAUGGGUCUGCUCUACACAAUGUCCCUUGUAAUUUAUUACUGCGGUGGGAGGCUGCCUUUGAUGCAGAGAGCAGGCAUGCCAGGAACAGGAGAAAGGAUACUCUAAGCCUGUGAGCCCCACAACCACACUGCUGUCAGAUACCUCAGACCUGCUGCCACCACACCUGCUCCCGGAGGCCAAGGAUGUAACCUUCACAGCGCUCUCGGCUUCAAACAGGGGUGACCACAGGAGGAAUAAAUGAAGAGGGGCAGUUUUGGAAACUUGGCGCUUUUGUGUCACCGAUCCCUUUGCAUUUGAAUAAAGGCUGUGUUCUCAGCAGACACCAGAAG